AUGGCAAGUAUAUUGACUAAUGAAUCUUCGACAUUCAUGCCUACUAUCGCCAAUAAUCGAACCAGGCCAGCGCCAGCCUACGUUCUUGAUCCUUAUUUAAUUAUUAUGACUAGUGUUGGAAUUUCUAUUAUUAUUGUCAAUACAGCAUUUCUGAUGAUUAUCCUUCUCUAUCGCCAACUACGUACUACUCCUAACGUUAUUAUGUGUAGCAUGUCGGUGUCCAGCAUUUUGUUCGCUCUCAUUUACUUAAUUCCUCGCUACUUUCCGGCCAGUGUCGACUUAAUAUGCAAGUUAUUACCUUUUAUCGGCCUAUCAUUAGCUUUAAUCAUUAAUCUACAUCAAUGUGUUAUUAGCUGCCAUCGUUAUAUGGCUGUCGCCAAUCCACUUACUCAUCGUCGCCAUAUGACCAAACGUCAUAUUGCUAUUAUAUUAGUUUUAGUUUGGUUAUUGCCAUUUAUCUCUAGCUCUAUACCAGCCAUAUUUUAUCAACCUCUUAAUGAGGGUUUUUGCAGAGUGUUCGGUUAUGAUGCAACGCCUAAACUUAUCUUUUAUAGCUCCAUGUACACCAUCUUUUUCUACUUGCCCUUAUCUAUCAUUUUGUUCGGCUAUAUUUAUAUCCAUAUUACAGCUUUGAUACUACCCAAAGAUAGAAAGUUAUUGAAACGAGGCUGUUGGAAAUAUCGUAUUCAUCGCCAUCGUCGUGUCUUAAUCCAUACAGCAAUUAUUAUUGAAUUGCAUGCACUAUGUUGGGUACCAUUUAUUACCGUUACUAUUGCUUGGUAUGGUGGCUUUACUAUACCUAAUUUUCGUGUCUUAGCCGAGGUUUUGCGCAAUAUUGCAUUAAGCUAUCCAGUGAUCAACCCUUUGGUCUAUGCUUAUUGUACAUCUGGUAUUCGUCGACGUAUUUUAAAUUUAAUAGGUUACGAGAGCGCAAAGAGACCGUCUACCUUACGAUCAACGGGUUUAGAAUCCUCGUUAGCCUCUGGAGUAAUGGGCUAA